AUGGGAAAUCAAUUAGUCGGUAUUGCGCCUAGUCAAAUAUUUCCAGUAGAACACUAUUUGACAGAUCACAGUGACUUAUUAUUCGAUGUAAACUUAGGAAGUACUCGAUUUUUUAAAGUGGCUCGAGCUAGGAGUCAAGAGGGUCUUAUAGUUGUGAAAGUUUUUGUUAUCCAUGAUCCAACACUACCACUUUCUUCUUACAAAGAAAAACUUGAAGAAAUCCGGUCUAAAUUAGCAUCAGCUGUAAACUGUCUACCUUUUCAAAGAAUGAUCCUCACAGAAAAAUCUGGAUCAAUAAUGAGGGAAUAUGUUAAAUAUUCCCUUUAUGAUAGAAUUAGUACCAGGCCGUUUUUAACAAGUAUUGAAAAAAAGUGGAUCACCUUUCAAGUGCUAUAUGCCUUGCACCAAGCUCACAAGUUCGGAGUCUGCCAUGGUGACAUAAAAUUAGAAAAUAUUAUGAUAACCAGUUGGAAUUGGAUAUUGCUGACAGACUUUGCAAGUUUUAAGCCAACUUAUUUACCUGAAGAUAAUCCUGCUGAUUUUUCAUAUUUUUUUGACACAUCUAGAAGAAGAACCUGUUAUAUAGCUCCAGAACGGUUUGUGAAAACGCUGUCCUCAGAAUUAAGCAAUACACUGUUACUAUCAGAGCAAGAACUGAAAACAGGUGAUCUACAUCCAAUGAUGGACAUCUUCUCUGCUGGAUGUGCAUUGACAGAAUUGUAUAAUGAAGGGCAUCCACCGUUUGACUUUUCUCAACUAUUAGCAUAUAGAAACAAUGAAUAUUCAGUCAGCAAGCAUUUGGAUACGAUAGAGGAUUCAGGAAUACGCGAAUUGCUUGCAUCCAUGCUAGAAAGGAAUCCAGCGAAUAGAAAAAGUGCUGAAAUUUAUUUAGCCCAAGCUCGUGGAACAGUUUUCCCAGAAUAUUUUUACUUAUUUCUGCAACCGUAUAUGCUUAUAUUCUCUGCUGCCCCUAUUUUGUCACCAGAUGAAAAAAUAAAUAGGCUUAAAAAAGAUAUUGGGAAUAUCACUAAUAUUUUGAAAACAGAGGAAAAUGAAAAAAUGAAAAGAAAUAUAAAAAGUACAGAAGUUUCGAAGAAUAAUGAGUCUGAUAAUAAUGUAGAAUCAGCUAAGGAUGAUUCCGGUCAUAGUGAAGAAAACACGAUUGUAGACGGUGACAGUGAUCAAAGUUUUGAUAAAAGUGACUUGAAUCAAGUUGACCUCAAAACUCUUUCAAUAGAAGAUGCUAAGUGUGAUAGUCAAACAGUUCAGCGGUCAGAGGCUGAACUACAUGAGAGUCAGAAACAGAAAGUAGAUUUAGAAAAUGAAAAGACUUUAUAUCCAGAGCCUGUAGAAGGAUUAGUUAUUAUUACUCAACUUGUUACUUCGUGUAUACGAGGAUUGCAUCACUCUCAGUCAAAAUUACAAAGUUUAGAAAUAUUACUCGAACUUGCUGAAAACACAUCAGAUGAGACAAUAUUGGAUCGGAUUUUGCCUUAUAUUUUUCAUUUAGUUCACGAUCCUGCCCCACGAGUUCGAGUAUCAGCCAUACACACUUUGACAAAAUGUUUGCAUCUUGUAAAAUGUAUACCACCAUCGGACGUGAAUAUCUUCCCAGAAUACAUUCUGCCUGGCUUAGCACAUAUCACACAAGAUGAAGCGGUUAUCGUUAGAGCUGCGUAUGCCGAAAAUAUCGCACAUUUGGCACACAUUGCAUUGCGUUAUUUAGAAAAUGGUCACCUGUCAAAUUUAGGUAACAAAGAAGGUCCAAAACCGAGUUACGAUAGCGAGCUUCAAACGUUGCAUGAAAUGGUGCAGCAGUCUGUCUCCAUGUUAUUAACAGAUCCUCAGAAUUUGGUAAAACAAACGCUGAUGGAAAGCGGAAUAAAUAAACUCUGUGUGUUUUUUGGAAAACAAAAGGCCAACGACAUUUUACUUAGUCACGUUAUUACUUUCUUAAAUGACAAAGAAGAUAAGGAAUUGAGAGGGUCUUUUUUUGAAUGCAUCGUCGGUGUCGCUGCUUAUGUCGGUUGGCAUAGUAGUCCGAUACUUAUGCCUCUUCUUCAACAAGGACUAGCAGAUCCCGAAGAAUUUGUAACGACAAAGGCUAUUAAUGCAAUGGCAACGCUCACAGAGUUAGGUCUUUUACACAAAUCUGUCCUUUAUCAACUUUUAUAUGAAACAAUGAUUUUUCUGGUACAUCCAAAUUUAUGGAUAAGACACGCAACCGUCGGUUUUAUAUCCGCGGCUGCAAGAACGCUUAACUUGGUGGAUGUCCAAUGCAAAGUUCAGACAAUGAUUCAACCAUAUUUAAAACAUCCACUAAUUCAAAUAGAGAAAGAGGUUCUAUUGUUAGAAGCUUUGGUAUCUCCAAUACCAAGAAUUGUUUACGAUUCCAUUGUAAAAUACAACGAUAUAGAGGAAUUAUUUCAAAUUCUUGAACAAAGACAAGCGGCCCGAGCUAAAGCUGUGACAGGAAUCGUACCGCAAUAUAGCGAAAUGAGUACUUCGCUCAGAAAUCUUUUCAGACGAUUGAGUUCAGAAUCGAUGACUGAAAUUAUUGAAGAUGAAUUGUUGAUAAUGAAACCACACUUAAUGAAAAUUAAUAAAUAUCGGAAUUCGGUGGACGCGAAACAGAACACAAGCAAAUCGGUGGAUGGGAAAUUAGAACUGAGUACUAUGAAAGAUAGAAUACGACAUCAUAUAGUGAUAUUGUAUCCAGAUACAAAAGCUGAUUUAGGUCUUCCACCAUUUAAGCGAUUAGACCGUAGAACAUCGGAUAGUGUUGGCACGUACGCAACAAUGAAUCAAGAAUGGCGUACAAUGUUUGCAGCUCAGGACAAUGUUCAACAUUCCAUUAAAAUGUCGGAUAUGACAGGAAGUAGUGGAAGUCCUAGCCAGAGUUUACAUGGAGGAGAUAUCCACUUGUCGCCACAACAUAGUUUGUCUGAUAUGAACAGUAUAAACGAUCACUCUCUUCAUGAACGCUCGUACAUACAAUACAGAUGUGCACCUUGCAGAUUAGAAGUAAGGCAGUUGACGUACAGAAAGCAAGAACAACAUGCUGCGGCUUUAAGAGCACAGCAUUGGGCCGAUAAUAUUGCGUGGCAAGCUGGUUCGAGAUUAUUGCCCAACGGAUGGAGACCGCGAGGAGUACCAGUUGCACAUCUUCAUGAGCAUAGAGCUGCAGUGAACAGGCUGGUUUCUAUACCAGACACUAGUUUAUUCGCCAGUACUUCUGCAGAUGGAUGCAUUAAAAUAUGGGAUGCAAGUAAAAUGGAAGGCCGAAAUAUUGCAAAUCGUUCUAAGCAAACUUAUAUACAUAGAGGUGGUCCUUUGGUUGGCUUAGUUGUAUGCGAUCAGGGACAAUCAUUAGCAAGCUCUGCUAGCCAAUCAGGCACAGUUUUCGUUUUACGAACUGAAUCAAAUUCUAGUAAAAUGAGUGUUAUUGCCACGAGACAAUUAGACCUUCAGGAAGAAGGAUGCGCAGUUGAUUUGCAGUAUCUGGAUUCUGGUUCACAAUCGGUUCUUGUGUAUGCGUCGCUGUAUGGUUCACUGGUUGGAUGGGACUUAAGAUGCCCCGGUACGGCAUGGCGCUUAGAGAACGAUCUUAAACACGGAGUGAUUACUUCGUUUUGCGUAAACAAUUAUCAACAAUGGUUGACACUUGGUACAAGUUCCGGUGUCCACACAUGUUGGGACUUAAGAUUUCAGUUACCAAUAACUUGUAUUAAACACCCAAUAAAUGCGAGAGUGAGAAAGGUGAUCACUCAUCCUACAGAACAUUCAUGGAUUAUUUCGGCUGUGCAAGGAAACAACGAAAUUUCAAUGUGGAACCUCGAAACUGAUUUCCGACAAAUGGUACUUUGGGCGUCGAGCGCCCCUCCGCUUAGUCAUUCGCAAGGUGGUCACAGUGUGUGUGCAAUGUACUCCGGGUGUAUCGACCGUUCAGGUUUUUUGUUAGCUGGUGGUACUGAUAUGAGAUUACGUUUCUGGGACUUGAGUACACCUAAUGAAUCGUACGUUGCGUUGCCUGCUGCCAACGAUGUCACUCCUCCAAAUUCGUUAGCAUACGAACAACGUUUGAUAGACGGAACCAACGUAGUUGUGGAAGUUUUAGCUGGGGGUGGCCCCGCACCACCGUCCGGAGGUGGUAACGGCGUUAGAACACGAAACUCCGAAGAAGGAGGCCAAGGGCCCGAGACUCCACCAUCUGGACACCACGAUACAAUUUCUGCUGUAGCCAUGUCUAACACGUGUAUUCUCACCGGCAGUACCGACGGACUGAUACAAGUUUGGAAAUGAUUGUUUUCUCUCCAAAGUGUAUUGCGUUCCAAACCUGUAUACCUUGUGUACAAAUUUUUCUACCGUUAUCACAGAUUUUAUCCUGAGAGAAAAGAAUUAAGACGAUCAUCGAGAUUUCUUCGCGAUCAGACUCAUGUACUACAGCGAUUCUGUGAUUUCUAUUUGUACAUAAUAUGUAAUAUAAACGCCGUAUAUAAGAUUAUUGAUAGUUAUUAUAAUAAUAAUGAUAAUAAUAAUAAUAAUAUAUUAAUGCAUUUCUCCAACGGAACAUAAAACAACUUACUUUAAUACAGCGAUCCUUAUGUAAUAUAAAUGAUUUAUUUUUCUACGUACAAAACGGAAACACAAGGAGCUUGUUGUACUAUAAUAUACUAAGAUGAUUUUAAAUAUCAGAUUUAGAUACUAUAAUAGGAAUGAUAAAUCGCGUGGGCAUACUACAAAAGGAUCGCGUAUUGGCAGUAUAUUCUUAAUGUACGGCGACAAAGAACGCAUCAUUAGCAAAUUUGUUUCCUUAAUACAUAAUUUAUAUACUGGCAGAGUAUAUGCGAUUGUGUACUUUUAUGUCAUUAGUUCCAUAGUAAACUUGUAUGCCGACUGAAAUACUCAUAACCAGUGGAUAUAUUUGUAUUCCCCGAUAUUGUUACAAUAAAUUCAUAUUUUUAACGCA